CCCUCACCUCCUCCUUCUACACCAGCUGCCUGACCUCUCAAGUGUUAGCUGAAUCAAGCAUCACUACCUCCUUCUCUACCUCCUUUUACCUCUCUCUCAGUUCCUCCUCUACCUCACAGUCUCAGCCAUAGAGUCAAGCAACAUCCACUUCUCUCAGAUUUCUCAGCAGUUUUCGUUGGUCAUCUCAGCAUCAUGAAGUUCUCUGUUGUUGUGGCUAUGUUGGCCAUGGUGGCUCUGACUGUCGCCCGCCCCGACACCAUCCUUGACUUUGAGGGUGACCAACAGCAGCAAACACAGACGGGCAAAGGCGGCGAGAAGGUCGAGGGCUCCUACAGCUGGACGUCUCCUGAAGGGGAGGAGUUUUACGUCAAGUAUGUGGCUGACGAACACGGUUACCGCGUCGUGGAGUCCAACGCCGUCCCCAUCAGCUCCUGGGGCGCCAAAGCUGACGGUAACCAGGGCUCCUUCGUCGACUACGAGAGCGAGGGAGGGGCCAAGCAGUGACAUCCUCCGGCAGUUCCUAAGAUGACCCUGAAGAAAGAAGUCCUGUGAGGAGGGGCAGCUGGUGAGAGACCCACUCUUCGCCUGACUCGCCCCCCCACCUGGUCUGACAUUUUGUAAUAUAUUAUUAGCAGUUGUGCUUUGAGACGGUGAUGAGUUAAAUUAUUUGUGAAUCUGCUUCAAUGUUUCCAUAUUGCUUUGUACUUUGUUCUAGCGGCGAAUAAAUAACUCUUAAAGAACAUAAAAUAG